GUAUUUAAUGAGCUACAAAUAAUAAAAAGAUGUGGAAGCCCAAAUUCAAUCUUAAUUAUCUAUAGAUGACUUGACAGAUUUAUUCAAGCUGAACUCUAUUAAUGAUGGGUCAAGCAUGUAAAAAGUAAAGCAAUUAGGAGAUGAUGUUGGGAUAGCAAGGAAAUUAAACACAGAUCUAAAAGUAAAGAUAUUUGUUUAUGAUUAGAAAGGAUUUUUAGAUAAGAGUGCGAUUGAGAAGUCAAAGCAAGUUUAUGGUGACAAUUCCCCUGUUGAGAAAGAGCCAACAACAUUAUGUGAAUUGAUUAUGGAGUGUUUGGAAGACACAAUGCUCCAGAUUUUAUUAAUAGCAGCUUUGGUUUCGACAGUAAUUGGUAUGGUCAAUGAAGGAGUAAAAACAGGAUGGACUGAAGGGUAACAAACUGUAUAAUAAUAUAACUUAGAGCAACGAUUUUCUUUGCUAUAUUCUUAAUCAUUUCAAUAACAGCAGGAAACAAUUACUUAAAGGAGAGACAAUUUAGAUAAUUACGUAGGAAACUAGAUGAUGGAAAGUGUUAGGUGGUUAGGGAUGGUAAAGUAACAGAAAUACAAACAAAGGAUAUAGUCGUUGGAGAUUUAUUAAUCUUCAAUUUAGGUGAUUUGUUCGGUGUAGAUGGUAAGAGAGUGUAUCAAUUAAAAUAGGUUUGAUGGUUUAAGGAAGUGCAGUUAAAAUUGAUGAAUCUCCUAUGACAGGUGAGAGUGAUGAGAUAAAGAAGUUACCUUAUUUUGAGAUGGCAUAAUAACAACACAAUCAAUUAAAUGUGAAUCAAGAGGCUGCGAGAGGACACGUAAGUCCAUUUUUAAUAUCAGGCACAAAAUGCCUUGAUGGAACAGGAUAAAUGAUUGUAUUAGCAGGUAAACAAUUUUCAAUAUAAAAAGUUGGUUAAAAUACAGUAUCUGGAAAGUUGAAAUAACUGCUAAUUCAAGAGAAUCCUCCAACCCCUUUGCAAUAGAAAUUAGAAGGAGUUGCUUCAGACAUAGGUAAAUUGGGUGUUUUAGUAUCUAUUUUAACAUUCAUUGCUUUGAUGGGACAUUUAGGAUAUGACUGUUAUUUGGGCAAGUUUCCGUUUCUGAGUAUAAAGACCUUACAAAUCAUAGUGGAAUCCUUUAUGAUUGCUGUUACAAUAAUUGUGGUGGCAGUACCAGAAGGAUUACCAUUGGCUGUUACAAUUGCAUUAGCAUAUUCAGUGGGUAAAAUGAAGGAUGAAUAAAAUUUGGUUAAGAAUUUAUCAUCUUGUGAAAUAAUGGGUGGAGCUAAUAAUAUUUGUAGUGAUAAAACAGGAACACUAACAUAAAACAUAAUGUAAGUUGUUGCAUUGUGGACCGAAAACUAACCAUUUAAAGAUUAGGUUCAUACUAAUAAAAAUAAAAUCAAGAAAGAUACAAUUGAGCUCAUGUGUGAAAGUAUUUGCUAUAAUUCAAACGCAUUUCCUGAAAAAGAUCCAUAAACAAACAAAUGGGUUCAAAUAGGAAAUAAGACAGAAUGUGCUUUGUUGGAAUGUGCAGAUAAUUUUGGAUAUAAUUUUAAUCAAUUUAGACCAAGCGAUAAAGUUUUAAGGUAGCUUCCAUUCAAUAGUAAGAGAAAGAAGAUGAGCACAGUUAUUUACAAUUAAAAAUCAUAAUAUAUUAGAGUAUAUACUAAAGGUGCCUCUGAAAUUAUAUUGGCGUAAUGCAAUAAAUACAUUGGAAACAAUGGUGUUGAAUCAAUGUUAGACCCAUAAUUGAGAAAGAAUAUCUAUGAUAAUAUUAUCCAAAAAUUUGCAUCAGAUUCUUUGAGAACAAUAGCAAUUGCUUAUCGAGAUCUUGAUCCUUAAUCACAUGGAUCAAAUGUUAGAGGAUAAAUUACAUAAUUAACUAAAGUAGCUUAAAAUAUCCCUGAAGAUGAUUUAGAUAAAGAUCUAGUAUUGAUUGCUAUUGCAGGUAUUAAAGAUCCUAUCAGACCUGACGUGCCUAAUUCGAUUAAAUAAUGCCAUGCCUCUGGUGUCAAAGUGAGAAUGGUAACUGGAGAUAAUAUUCUUACUGCUACUGCAAUUGCUAAAGAAUGUGGAAUCUUGCCAUCAAAUAGAGAAAUAGGUGAAUGGGAAGUAGUAGAAGGUAAAAAGUUUAGAGAAUUUGUUGGAGGAUUAAAGGAUGAAUUAGUUGAUGGGAAACCAGUGAAAGUUGUAGGUAAUAAAGAAAACUUUGCCAGGGUAAGUAGGGAUAUGAAAGUUAUGGCUAGAGCAUCUCCAGAAGAUAAGUAUAUUCUUGUUACGGGUUUGAUUGCUGAAGGGAAUGUUAUUGCAGUCACAGGAGAUGGUACUAAUGAUGCUCCAGCUCUGAAGAAAGCAGAUGUUGGAUUUGCUAUGGGUAUUACAGGAUCUGAUGUUGCUAAGGAUGCUGCUGAUAUCAUUCUUUUAGAUGACAAUUUUAGUUCCAUCAUUACAGGUAUUGUAAUCUUUAGAUUUAGCUAUGAAAUGGGGUAGAAACAUUUAUGAUUGCAUUAGGAAAUUCAUCUAAUUUUAAUUGACUGUCAAUUUAGUUGCUUUGUUCAUGUCAUUUUUGGGGGCUGUUGUUCUUAAGGAAUCUCCUUUGAACACAAUUGAAAUGUUAUGGGUUAAUCUUAUUAUGGAUACUUUUGCUUCUUUAGCCUUAGCAACUGAGCCUCCCAACAUUACAGUGUUGGAAAGAUAGCCAUAUAAAAGAGAUGACAAAAUUGUAUCACCAACUAUGAACAGAACAAUAGUUGGUGGAUCCAUCUAUCAAAUUUGUGUUCUAUGUGGCAUCCUAUUCGUUCUUCCUUAAUUUAUGGAUUUAUCUAUGCCUGCCGAAUUGGUUGGAUAGAAAGUAAUUUAUUUAUUGAGUUAUUUAGUACCAUAAAAAUGUAGUCUAAAUGAGUAUUUUCUUCUAGACCUUCGUUGUCAUGCAAGUAUUCAAUUCAAUAACUUGCAGACAAUUGGAUUAUAAGACUAUAAAUCCAUUUGCAAAUGCAUGCAAUAACCCUUUGUUUUGGGCUGUCUAAACUUUCACAUUGGUUAUUUAAUGCGUGCUCAUUUAAUAUGGAGGUAAAUUUGUAAAGGUUUCUCAUUUAACUUUGCAAUAACAUCUUUUGUGUCUUGGAUUUGGGUUUGGCAGCAUCAUAUUCUCAAUUAUUGUUAAGAUUGCAGUUCCUGAACGUUGGUGCUAAUUUGUUGAGUUGUUUAGAGAAUAAGAAGUGCAAUCAGGAGAUAUGGAUACUUCUUUGACAAGUGUACUGAGAAGAAAGUCGACUAGUAGAUUGGGUAAUUAAAGAAAGAGCAUGGACUAAUAAGGAAGCUAGGUUAAAAUGAGUGCUUAAAGAAUGCAAUGA